ACAAUCAUCUUUUACGAGUUAUAUUUUAUGUAAUAUUUCAAUCUAAUAACUUUAAGUGAAACACCAUGGUCCUACACCAAGCCCUACGCCGACGGCAACUAGCAGAUCUUCGUCUACUUUGACCCCGUGCACCUUUGGAAGAACAUAUACAGCAGCUUCCACAACAACGGCUGUAUGGUGCUGCACAGGUGUCCAGGGGCUGAAGAGCCUGAGAGGAUGAGGAUGGCCCGAUUCUCGAGCUGGAGGUUGCUGGCCAGGUUGGAGAGCUACAAGUCUGUCAAGGCAGGCUCCAAGUUGACCCAGAAGUUGCUGGCACGCGCUUCAAUCGAGAAGCAGAGCGUCGGGACCAACAUCUGGAGAUGUUCCAGAGGACAAGGGAGACCUGGAGACGGGCCGGGCGGUCCUCAAACGGCCAUCUGUCCCCAUGGCCCACAUGGCGUCCUUCGGACAGCCACUGUGGGACUCCCUGAUGUGCAGGAAGCACAAGAGCACCUGCUGGAGUUCUCAGUGGUCCCUCUUCAACUGUUUUGGUGCCAACUUCUCCAAGGAUGUGACUUCAGAAGCGAAGAAGACCAAGGCCUUGGAGUGGCUCAGAACAAGACACGGCCUUGUUUAAAGGCGCGCCCAUUCCAUGAAAUUCAUAAUCGACCAAUCAGCGUACACAAACGUUCGUACACCACACAGCAUGAAGAACAUACUUUCGUAUCCUUGUUGAAUAUUUCAGGGUACUACGGCCUUAGAGAUCUUCAAGAUAUGAAACAGGACAUAACCGAGUUCCUGGACAGUCUGAGGUGCAACCUGGCGGCUUGUAGGAGAUUCCAGGAGAUAUGUAGUUACCCCAGAAGAGCUGGACAGUGCCGUAGAAGGAGGAACAGGGUGAGCACUGCCAGAGCCCUACAAAAUGACCUCCAGCAGGCCACUGGUGUGAAUGUUUCUUACCAAACAAUCAGAAACGGGCUCCAUGAGGAUGGCCUGAGGGCGUGA